UUUUUUCCACUAGUUGGAGCAGCGCGUAAAAUUGGGUAAAAAAAAAAAAAAUGGCAACCAGAGCCGUGGCGCGGGUCGCGUUCCUCCUGCCGUGGGCUUACUGCGCAAUGGCCACGCUGGUCGCCUUCUCCAACUUCUCAGCCGAGAACGAGGCGCGGUCCAGUUUCAUCCAGCGGCGGCUGCGGAACCAGGAGCGCAGGGAAAUGCAGCGCGAGAUCCUCUCCAUCCUGGGGCUCCCGCACCGUCCGCGCCCGCGCGCGCACACCAAGCGCGACGCUGCCCCGAUGUUCAUGCUGGACCUUUAUAACACCAUCUCCGCGGACCUAGGAGCGCACAGGUCAUACUACAGAGCUGUCUUACCCACGCAGGGCUCCUCCAGCACCACGGUCACCCCGCAGGACAGCCGCUUCCUGGACGACGCAGACACGGUGAUGAGCUUUGCCAACCUCAUUGAUCAGGACCAAGAUCAUUUGUUCCAGCCGCACAUACGAGAGUUUCAAUUCGACAUAUCCCGUAUUCCCGAGGGAGAGGCCAUCACAGCAGCAGAGUUCAGGGUUUUUAAACAUUUCAUCCAGGAGCGCUUUGAGAAUGAAACCUUCACAGUCAGUGUCUACCAGGUCCUGCAGACGUCUUCUAACAGUGAAGUGGAGCUCCUGCUGCUGGAUCAGCGGGAUGUUUGGGCUUCAGAGGAGGGCUGGAUGGUCUUUGAGCUGUCUUCUGCAAGGACCCUGUGGCUGGUCAGUCCUGAGCAGAGCCUCCGCCUGCAACUGAUCCUCCAAGACAGCCACGGUCGGAGGAGGAACCCCAGGCUGGCCGGGCUGGUGAUGGGCAGCGGCUCUCAGGACAGGCAGCCCUUCCUGGUCGUCUUCUUCAAAGCCAAGGAGGUGCGAUUUCGCGGUGCGCGCUCGGCUCAGGGACACAAGGGCCGCCAGUCUGGCCGCUCCAAGCCACAGAGAAGCGUCCAGGAUGCGCUGAGGGCGGUGGAAUCUGCAACGGAUAACUUUGGAUUAUCUAAGGAGGGGUGUAAGAAGCGCGAGCUGUACGUCAGUUUCAGAGAUCUGGGAUGGCAGGACUGGAUUAUUGCACCAGAGGGUUAUGCAGCAUAUUAUUGUGAGGGAGAAUGCGCCUUCCCCCUCAACUCCUACAUGAAUGCCACCAAUCAUGCGAUCGUGCAAACUCUGGUGCACUUUAUUAACCCAGAGACUGUUCCCAAGCCCUGCUGCGCCCCCACGCAGCUCCACGGUAUCUCUGUGCUGUACUUUGAUGACAGCUCCAACGUCAUCCUCAAGAAGUACCGCAACAUGGUGGUCAGAGCCUGCGGCUGCCACUGACAGGUUUUCUGUGAGCUCUGGAAAUCUAGACGGAUGCUGAAGAAAUGCACACGUACAGCAGCCACAGACAGGAGAUGAUUGACUGUCUGGUCACAAGGGGAGCUGUUGCCACAGUACAGGCUUUAAUCUAGGGGUCUGUUUUUAUAUGACUCCCAGCUGAGACAACCUAGACCCAUAAGACAGCCCAGCUGAAACUACUGGCCACAGAGAAGGACCCAACGAAGGACUUUGUAUUGAGUAUGACCAGAAAGAGUUCAUAGAAAAAAUGUUGGAGUAGUGCAGCGCUGCUACACUAAAUCAAAUCCAAAUAAAAAUUGACCAAAGGUUAACCGUGUGCAGAGAUUAUAUUAUUAUGUGCAACGCCUAAAAUUUGAUUUUCAGAGGAUUAGAUUUUUCCUGUCUGCUGAUGUGCAUUCAGUAUUAGCUGUCAUUAAAAAAUGUCAGGGCUCUGUCUUCUUCUUGAACCAGUGAAUUUUGGUUGUUGGAACAUUCGGAUGAACUGAGACAGACCUGGUCAGAUAUGAAACAUCUCACAGUGAGAAAUAACAGAUUGAUAACUGU